AUGACGUGUGAAGAACACCAGAAAAGUUGGGUCUUUCUGUGGGAGAAGGGCUACCAGGAAACAGAUUCUGUGGUCAGUUCUGUAACCACAAAGGUGAAAGGAGUAACUCUGACAAACACGUCCAGCUUGGGAACCAGGAUCUGGGAUGUAGCUGACUAUGUCAUCCCUCCUCAGGAAGAGAACGCUCUGUUUGUCAUGACAAAUGUGAUACUCACACUGAACCAGACGCAAGGCCAUUGCCCUGAGCUUCCAGAUGAUACAACAAUAUGCACGGCAAAGGAAGACUGUGCUCCAGGAUACGUUGGCACCCACAGCAAUGGUAUUCAGACUGGGGAGUGCGUACUGUAUAACAGCAGCAUCAAGACCUGUGAGAUCUUUGCAUGGUGCCCUGUGGAGAAUGACUCUUAUAUACCCAGGCCAGCGUUCCUACAAGAAGCUGAGAACUUUACCAUUCUAGUGAAGAACAACAUUUGGUAUCCUAAGUUCAACUUCAGCAAGCGAAACAUCCUCCCCACUAUCAACUCCACCUACCUCAAGAACUGCAUCUAUGACUCCCAGACAGAUCCCUUCUGUCCUAUCUUUCGUUUAGGGAAAAUAGUUGAAGCUGCAGGGCAGAACUUCCAAGAAAUGGCUGUGGAGGGUGGAGUCAUGGGGCUGCAGAUCAACUGGGACUGCAACCUUGACAGAGCUGCUUCCCACUGUGUGCCAAGGUACUCCUUCCGGCGCCUUGACAGCAAGGACUCUGCCCACACUGUGUCACCUGGAUACAACUUCAGGUUUGCAAAAUACUACAAGGAUCAGAAUGGCAUUGAAUCACGGACGCUUGCCAAAGCUUAUGGCAUCCGCUUUGAUAUCAUAGUGUUUGGAAAGGCAGGAAAAUUUGACAUAAUUCCUACAAUGAUUAACAUUGGCUCUGGCUUAGCGCUGUUUGGAGUGGCAACUGUCCUGUGUGACAUUGUUGUCCUGUAUUGCAUGAAGAAGCGAUACUACUAUCGAGAGAAGAAGUACAAAUAUGUGGAGGAUUAUGAACUGAGUGGCAGUGAGACAAACUCCUGACCUCCCGCUGCUGCAGCACCAACUGCUGAAUGUGAACUGCUGCUGUGAAUGUUACUCUGAACCUGCCAUAAGACACCCCCCCCCCUCCUUUUCUUCUGGAGGCGGAAAGAGGGAACAACCACCCCUAUUCACUGCUCGAUCACCUUUGCUGGCCAGAGCCUACCCCCUAAAGAGAACUGGAUCUGCUUCCCGUCUGCUGUCUUUCCAGGGUAAUUGAACAAAGCCCAUACAGAGCCUCAUGCUUUUGUGCCAGGCCUCUGCACAAGCUAAGGCUGGGCCAGGGACUGCUCUGUCAUGGUCAUUUCAACAAUCCUCCUUUCUCUGAGUUCAUUGGUAGCAGAGAGUAGCAGAGCCCUUAGCAGAUACAGAUUCUUCCUUACAGUGAAUAGGGCCCCUGCUAGCUGUUGUCUAGCCUCAGCAGACCACUCCUUGCUGUUUUCAAAUCACUUUUCCUUACUGUGAAGGAUCAUGCUGUUUAGCUAAGACUGUACCCACUAUUUGAUUGUGUCUCCAGGCUCCAGUGGCCACAAACUGAGGCCAGUGUCAAGUUUUAUUGUGCUACAGUGAAUGGCUUACUGAUUACAAGGUGGUUUUUUUUUUUCUAGUUUGACUAUUUUUAUGCUACUACUUUAAAAUUGACUGUCAUUUUUAAUAAAGUACUACCCUCUAUCAGCCAUCUUGGAGGCCUGCAAGCUGUUUUUCUUCACAAGGGCCCAUAAGAUUAGGGCCAAUUAACUGCCUUCAUUUUACACUGGCAGAAACUCUUACUAGUGAGCUAUCAAAGCCAGUGCUGUUUUUUUGCUUUGCCUCUGGACUCUCUCAGCAAGAGUGUUGUGUGACAGCUAAGUCUGUCUGCUUCACCUGGUUCUCCUAACAGACCAGGUUCUCUAAGGUCAUCUCCAUUUGCAGGGCAGACAGUUCACCUUGGCUGUGGCUGUUGCUUUGGAAGAAGCUCAUGUGAGUUAAAACCCUACCCAAGGGGAAAGGCUUAGAAAUUAGGGGCCAGGAUGGGUUAAGCCCAGUGCUGCCUUAGCCAAAGGCUAGUAACGAAUGCUCAGAGGAAGAGAGAUGCUCCCUGGCAUACCUCCAUUCCUUGGUACUGAAGGACUUUUCACCCCCAGGCCUGCUAUCUGGGCUGCUGCAUUUAAUGUGCUUGCUCAGUUUGACUUAAGUGCAUCUGUUGACCGCCGUCUUCAGGUGUCCCUGGGCUUCUUUAGUGAGAGCACUGACAUGCAAAGAAUAGCUCUUCCUUUCUCCGAACCUCUUCUAGUACUACAGAGCUCUGAGAGCUAUUCCAGACCUCAGUCAUCCUGGCUGGCAUUUUGCUACCUUUUUCCAGCCGUGCUGGGGGUGUGCCGCAGCAUUACCUGGUGCCGCUGAGCAAUUUUGUUUCAUUCCUUAUCCUGAUACCAUCUGCCCUGCGCUGCUGAGGACUAAGCCGAGAGUAACAACGCAAAACAGUGCUUUUCCAAGAGUGAGCCCUCCAGUAUGUGAAUGUGACUGGCUCAGUUUCAAUUAUGCAAUGGCUAGAGCCAUUGCAGACUCUUCCUCAGCCAUGACUCCCAAUAAAGGGCACACCGGACCACAGCAGCAGGGGACGGUGCUGUCAGACAACCCCCCCCCACGCCCCUUCCAAACAGCAAACUCCCACAGCUUGGUGAAAGAUUGGUAAAACAAGAUAAUGGCUCCACUUGAUACACUAACUCUGGGUUUGGUUGCAUGUUGUUUAUUUCAACUUGUACAGAGAAGCUUGAACAGCUGUGUGGAAAAACACCUAUUUUUUUUUCCUUAGGUAAUAUAAUUUAAAAGUGAUAAAUACACAGUAUUUAAACUUGAUACACCUGAUAAAGUUAAAUGCAUAAUAAAGGGGUAGGAAUGAAACACAAGCCUCGGUCAUUAAACAAAACAGUAUAAAAAUCAGCAAUAGUUUCAGGACCUUAGAAAAGAAACAGAUCAAUUGCCUGAUAGGUAAGAGGGGGGUCCACCAAGAAAAACCACUCAAGACAAGAGGCCUGGUUUCCCCUUAACACUUUCCCAUGUGCUUUCAGAGCCAAAAAGGCUUAGUACCCAGCAGUAACCAUACAGUCAGCACUGGGCUUGCUUAAAAGGAAGGGAAUUAGGGAAAAAUCAAGCUGUAACCCAGUUCCAAGGCACAAGCAAAAUAUUUACUUCACUAUAAGAAAAAAGCUAGCUUGACUACUAAACAGCAGAUACAGAACUGAGCAGAUUUGUAUAUACAGUACAGCUUCUCUAACAGGUCAUGCAUUUAGAUAAGAGAUCUUCCUCAAACAUCCAAGGUUUAUACUUUCAACAGAACUAAUCAACAAGGAAAUUACAUCAAAUUUCAUUCAGAAACGUGCAUUUGGCUGCAGCCUUACUGGAGCUGGCACUAACGGUCAUUUUGAGGUGCGUUUUAAGGAAGUGCUGAGCUUUCAGGUGCUCACAAACCAAGCCCACCACCUUGGCCUCAAGACACUGAUCCAUGCUAAUAGCUGAAGCCCAAUAACCAUGUGGUUGGGCAUCUAGGAACUGAGAUAGGUUAUUCUGUUUAGAAGCUGCAUUGUACCUAGCAAGCUUGUUUGGUAAGUUUAAACUAUCUUGCCAGGCACUUGCCAUAUCACAAAACUGAGCUAUUCAGCACUAAGCAUCUCUACAGCUCACUCACUUUUAACAAAAAACAUGCCACACACAUUACUCCGCAAUGGCUACAAGCAGAUUUUUUUUUUCCCCUCCCUCCAGAACAAGUCAAUUUACAAGCUACACAACCAAACUGACCAUUCUCAAUCAAUUAUUUCCACAAUAAAAAGUCUUGUUUGGGGGGUGGGUUGGGGCGGGGGGGGUGGAGUAGGCAGCAGCAGUAGUGCUGACAUCCGUUACCUGUUUGAUUUUCCCGUAUCUGACGAUGCAGAGCUUUGGCAUAGCCUCAGACCAAACCGGGAGGAAAACUGUGUCUCAUGGCUUCAAACUCCAUAGCACUGCUCCUAAACCACGAACCUCUGCAGAAGCUGUAGUCGCUGGCUUUGGAGAAAGGCCAGCAGUACAAUUUUUUGGCAAUAAAAUAAAAUCUCAGGGAAGCAUUGCUUCAUGUGAUCAGAAGAUGCAGGGGCCCUCCUGACGAAGGGCUAGUUUGUGCAGGCACCUGCGCACUUCUUAACACUGGCCAGACUUUUAACAGAGGCCUGGCGUGACUAGGAAUUGCUGGGUCAGGGCUGACUGUGGCAGGACCAAGAACAUCAGCGCUCUGUUGCUGCACACACAACUGAGGAUGGCAACGUAACAGUCACUUCCUAAAAGCCUACAACAGGGCAUCUGUGGCCAGAGCUGGUAGGCAGAGAUCUUACCAGUAAGGAAAAUACUUGGCGCAUAUAGUGCCUUCCUCCUUUGGACAAAGAAUUAAGCCUUAACAGCCCCUUACAAAGUUGGGACAAUUGACUCAUCCUCAUCUUACAAGUGCGCAGCUGUUUUAAAUGACUCAUUCAAGGUCGCACACCCAAAUCAGUAGCAGGACUGAGAAAAGAAGCCAGCCCUUGUUCCUCCCACCAUCCACAACUGCGCUUACCGUGACCCCUUUCCUCAAUCAAAGCGUGACGCGCAGCCAGCUCCCCUACACUCCGCCGGUCUCCAGCUUUGUCUGAGCUCAGCGAACUCGUGAAAGCGAGUCUAGAAGCCAGAGGCUAUCCUGCCGCGUGUUACUGAGGUUUUGCAAGCACCACAAAAUAAUCAGAGUAAUCUGACUGAAGGUGAAAGAGCUCUUCAUAAGAAACAAGCCAUGUAUUAGGUAUACACUUAAUUUACUAAGCUCAGCUAACAAGCCCCUGAUCCACAGGCAUUCACAAACUACUGGUAACAAACUUGCAAAAAAUACAUAGCAUUGGCCCCCAAAAAAAUCCAAAUUAAGAGUUUGGAAAAUAAAAGUUCCUUCGAAAAUUACUAGCUCAUCUAAGUAUUUCGUUAAGAUCUUAAAUUCUAAGCAAGCCCUAAGUCUAUACUUAAAAAAUAGCAGAAGUAUUGUAUUAUUUUUAGUUGUAGUAAACCAUGUAAUGUACAUGGAAGUGAAGGAUUUUACCCUGAAUUUUAUAUUUAAUAAUAUAUGUAUCUAGAUCAAGUAAAAGAUUUAGAAACAAACUUUUUUUAGUGCUUCCUCUGCUGUUCAAAACAAGCAUUCAGCUAAACACCAUCUUUCACUCAUGCCUGCAGCAAAAAAAGUUCAGACCGAACUUAAGCCCUUAAAUACCUUUUCCUUUCGUACACUGAAUACUUAACUUGUGAAUCUCUAGUCAUACCAACAUCAAGACCUUAGGAAAAGUGGCAUCCUCAAACACUGUAACUAGCAUUACUUUCUGAACAUCCCAAAGAUGCUGUUUAAUACAAGUUGGCUCACAAAGGUAGGCGUUCUUAAAAAA